UUCCCGUGGACUUAUACUAUGUAAUCUGAUUGACUGAUUGAUUGCUUGAUUUGUAACUUAUUUAAAAUUGGAAGCCAAAACACUGACUUGGUGCUCUGGUGAUUUUCAAAAUUUACUUAACUCAACGUUUGGUCGACAAUUCAAUGGUUAUAUGUUCCUCUGAUGAGCCAAGUGUUGCUGUGAUAUUUUCUAAUACUAAAUAUAUUAUAUAUAAGCCAGCUUUUUAUAUCAUAUUAAUUUGUAUGCUUUUUAUCAAUGAAUAAAAUGAAUAAAACGAAUAAACAAAAACUACCUAUAUUUAACAUUAGAGAACUUUUAAUUUAUAUAAGAAAUUCUAAUUUUAAGAUUUAUCAAAAAUUUUAAAUUUAAGCUGUUUAUUAUAUUUUAAAAUAAAGAAUUUUGAAAAAAGAAAAUUUUACUUAUCUGUGAACUUACUUUUAUUUUUCCUCCUCUUUCAUGCGUUAACAAUAAUAGUGAAGCAACAGUAUCCAGUUUUCCUUAUUGCACAGAAUCUAGUUUAAAUUUUUCCACAUCAGCUACAACAUACAGCGAGGAUGAUGCAGAAUAUGCUACCGGAAGACGUAAUAAAACUUCUAGGCAAGAUCCUUUGUCACACCGCAUUAUUGAGAAAAGACGACGAGAUCGAAUGAAUUCUUGUUUAGCUGACCUAUCACGUCUCAUUCCCCCACACUACCAAAGAAAAGGGCGUGGUCGUAUAGAGAAAACGGAAAUUAUUGAAAUGGCCAUUAGGCAUCUAAAGCAUUUACAAAACGAGUGUAUGCAGAAGAACAAUGAGUACCAUUUGGGCUACACGGACUGCAUGAAGGAAGCUGCCAAAUUUCUAUACGAAAGCCAAAUGCAGGAUUAUUGUUAUCGUUUACUUGCAAGACUGCAAGAACAUUGCGAUGAGUUGAUAAAAAAUGAUUGCAACAAAUCACGUGGGUGUCAUUUGCCAGAUAAUGUGAGCGCAUCAAGCGGCAGUCCGCACCAACCAUUUCACGCUGCACCACCAAUUUGUCAACUGCGUGACAUGCUGGGUACAUCUGACAUCGAGCAUAGUAACGAUCACGAUGAAUUUAAGGUGAAGGAUUUAAGUUUUCGAAACCACUUAAAUCAAUUGCAGCGUGGUAAUCCUAAUGGUACCGCUGACAAUUUACACAGCAGUAACAGUAGCAACAGUCAUGCAGCUACCAAUUCAACUUCUUCGUCUGCUGUAACAUCCAAUAAUAAUGCUGCCAGUUCAACAACUUUAAAUAACAGCAGCAACACUAAUUGCCAUCCAACACAAUCGCAGCAGCCACAUCAAGCCGCGGUUAUAACUUCAACAGCACCAGCAUCUAUAUUACAUCACACAGAUUCCAGUAAUCAUGAUUUUGAAUCAUCGCGUGAGCCAAUGUUACAUACUGAUACAUCUAAUAUGCAUUCGCCACCACCACGUGAUUCUAUACUGCAUCAACAUCAUCCACAUAUAAGUCACCACACAUCCGACAGUUUACUAUCGAUCCGCAUGCGUAAUUUCUCUGAAUCAUCACAUGAUAUCGAACAUAACAACAAUUAUAAGUACAAAAAUCAUAUAAAAGAACGUUUCAAUCAUGAAUUGCACGAUGAGGAAACAUCCAGCGAACAUUGCGCUGUACCACCUCUGCUGCAAAGUGAACAUUCGCACACACACUCCAUGUCUGAACAUUCAAAAGACGGUACAGAACCAGAAAUCGCACCAAUAAUUGCAAAAAAGCGCAAACUAGCCGAGGCUGCCGAUGCAGCUGCAGUAAGUGGAAGUGCAGCUGUUAACAGCGCAAUGGACGACAGCGAAGAGCGAUCCUUACCGUCUACACGUACGCCUACAACAACAACUAAUUUCUUGGGCUGUGAUGAGAAACCAUUUAAUUUUAGCGAGAUUAAAACAGAGUUGAGUAAUUCUAAUAGUGCCGUGGGCCAUAGCUUACUGCAGACCAAAGCACAUCUGGGCACGCCUAGCAGCACAACGGCAUUACUACCACCAACGCAUGCGCGUUCAUUUGCUGUGCCCAUAUUUGCCAUGCACGGUCAGGGCACAUACUAUGUACCACUUAAUGUUGACUAUAACGUACUUGUGCCCUUUCUGAAUGGUAUUGAUCUGCUUGAAAAGAACUACAGCUCAAUGCCAGUUGUACAUCCCAUUAACAUAAAUGUAAAUUUUAUGCCACCAACAUCACUACUUGCUGCAGCUACUGCCGCAGCCGUCGCUGCAGGCAAGCAACAACAAGUCGCCGUCAAUGGCACCACGUCAAAAACCAAAGUGGAGGCUCUAACCAAUGGCUGGUGAAAUGUGCAAGGCAAGCAUUACUGAGUGUGUAACACGCAAAGCACUUAGAAGAACAACUACCUCAGACUUCUGUGAAUAAUCAAUAAUCAUAAAAUGGUUCUAGGUAUUACAACAAUACAACAAAACGGUUUUCAGCAUUGAAAAUUUGCAAGCAAAUGCAAAGCUGUGCCACGCCUAUAGGUUUAAAGAUAUAGAGCUAAACAUAAAAUGUACAUUAGCUCUUUUUAUGUGCUUUCAUUAUUGCUUAAGUGUUUUUUGAUUUUCAUAUAAAAAACAUAUAUUUGUUAACAUCAAUUUGUGAAGUUUCUUAGUUCUA